AUGGCGAUGCGCAAUCCACGAAGCCCACCGAAGAUCGGACUGACGUGGCAGCCUCUCUGGUCUCGAGAGAAUGCCGCAGAUAUGCAGGUGUCUGGCAUAACCUAUUGUUUGAUACGGGCGUUUCGUAGCGCAAAUUCCCCACGUCGAAUUCCCCUGUUUUGGUUGGAUCCUGGCCAUUCAUUCUUCAGUUCUAGGUGGAGCCAGCCCUGCACACCACUAGGCUCCUCGAUGGCGUUUGAUGUCCCUGUGUAUGAGUGUAUGAGUGAUUACAGCCCUGUUGUAGUUGCUUCUUCAUGGACUCGUCCACUCAUCCCUGACUAUCUGACAGCCACAAGACAAAUCGAGAUUCUCUGCUCUAAUGCAAGUCAUAGAGCCCCCUUCAAGGCCUGGCCUGGAUUUUGGAAUCUUCGUUCGCCAGACUCAUCCAUGAGGGAAGACGAGCGAGAACAAGCAACUCUGGAGGAGAGACCAAUGCUUGAUGCAAACAUAGUACACCAAACCCAGUGA